GUUUUUACUAAACUAGAGUUGUUCCAAAAUUUUUGCCACAAGAAUCUGAGGAGUGCAUGAAAUAUUUCAUGGAAAACUAUAAAUUGUCUGGAGUUAUUUGUACAAUUCAUAUUGGAGGCAUAUAUGUCAAAUCGUUAAAACAAAAAUUACUUUCACUGGUUGGUAGUGUAGACGGCACACACUUUGGUUUCCAAGUUCCCUCAAAGGAUGAAUACAUGUUUUUCAAUAGAAAAGGAUUUCACGGUCUAAAUGCAAUGAUAAUUUGUGACCAUAAGUACAAAGUACUGGUUAAAAAUUCAAAUUACGGCGGUGCUUCGCACGACAGUUUUGUGUGGAAACACUCUGAAGAAUGGGGUUUACUGGAGCAACUGUACACAGAGAAAGGGUUUAACGUUUUGGUUCAUUGUGACUCUGGAUAUACCACAGAGCCCUGGUGUGUAGUUCUAUAUGCGGUAGCUGCUGAAGAUUCUACAGAUGCCCAUUUUAAUGGAGUUCAUGCAAAGGCGAGGUGUAUUAUAAAACGCACAAAAGGAGUUUUAAAGGCUCGAUGAGGAAUCCUAAGCAAUGAGAGAAGAAGCCGUUACACUCCCGAAAAAUGGCACUAUUUGGUAAUGUAUGCGCUGCUUUGCACAAUAUAUGUAUAAUGUUCAAUGUGGCAAUGUACACACAUGUACAUUCUAGCGAGCCUUGAAGUAUAUACUGGCGGGGAAACCCGUUUGAUAAAAAUUGGUGAAAAAAUAAGGGACAAAAUAAAAAUGUCUUUAAAUAACAUUUAAAGAAUGACUUUAUUAAAAAACUUCGUAAACAAAAAUACAUUUUAUGUUUUUUAUAUAACACUACGUACUUAAACUAACAAAAAAAAAAUUAAACAAAUCAAAGAAUAAAUUCAUGCUUUGAUAAAAACUAUACGUGUAAAAACUAUUAAUUGUUAAUGAGAUUAAUUAAUUAAUAUU